GCUACAAAAGCUAGGUAUAAAAAGCCCCAAAUUUCUGCGCCCGCAAGGCUCGCGAAGAACCAACGUUCACAGAGAGCGAACCUUUCACAACACAAACCCGAAAAUCUCCUACAGCGUCGCCACCAAUCCAUCGAAGAACAUGGCGACGUUUGAGCUCUACAGGAGGUCGACGAUCGGAAUGUGUUUGACUGAGACUUUGGAUGAGAUGGUUCAGAACGGUACUCUCAGUCCCGAGCUCGCCAUUCAGGUUCUCGUUCAGUUCGACAAGUCAAUGACUGAAGCAUUGGAAACCCAAGUGAAGAGCAAGGUCAGCAUCAAGGGACAUCUGCACACCUACAGAUUCUGCGACAAUGUUUGGACCUUCAUCUUACAGGAUGCUGUGUUCAAGAACGAGGAUAGCUCGGAAAAUGUUGGCCGUGUUAAAAUAGUGGCAUGUGACUCAAAGCUGCUCACACAAUGAGAUGUCAGACUAGUGGUGGUAAAGUUAAAUAAGAACUUUGUAACCUGUUGCCAUGGAGGGUGAGGAGAAGGUGGCAGUUAAUCUGGUUACUUGCAGGAACUGGAAAACUCUAGGAGAUUGAACAUAAAAUUGUAAAGCCCUCUAUCUUGACACUUGUAGUUAUUUGUUGUUACAUUGAGGAUGGUGUGUGCUUGUUCAUAGAUCUUCGUUCAAUGUUCUAUUGUUGUUUUGAGAAGAUGAAACAAGUUAGAGAUGAACACGUUCGAUGCUUGUAUUAUGGACUGUCUAUUCACAAGUACUGAAAUUAUGCUUAAUUCAUCAAGCAUUUCGGAUGCCCGAAUGUGUAGCAUCUGUUCCUUGUAUUAUCUUCAGAGGUCUAAGUUACCUUUUGUUUAAUUGAUUA